AGUCACGAGCUUUACACACACACCCCCCCACGGUCGUUGCUGAGAAGGCGGCUUGGAAGACUUGGGCGCCCUUGUCAGCGCAGCCGAUUGUCAGCUGAUCAAUGGCGGUCAUGUGACGUGCCGAGGAGGAAAUGCACCAGAGCCGCUACAGGGGAUAGUUGGGGCUGCCUGCUUACUUGAGACGGCAGGCAGCAGCGAUGGCCUGGACGAGGUACCAGAUGUGCUUGGCGGCGCUUAUGCUGAUCACCGGCUCCAUCAACACGCUUUCCGCGAAGUGGGCUGACAAGCUGAAGGCACCGGGCUGCCAUGGAAUAGAACCACACAAUUUCCAGCAUCCCUUUGUACAGGCUGUGGGCAUGUUUCUGGGGGAAUUUUCCUGCCUGGCUGUCUUCUAUCUCCUGCUCUGCAGUGACCGGAGGAGGCCAGAACCCACCAUGACACCUCCUCAGCCAUUUAACAGAUUGCUUUUCCUGCCUCCAGCACUAUGUGAUAUGACAGGGACUAGCCUCAUGUAUGUGGCUCUGAACAUGACCAGUGCUUCUAGCUUUCAGAUGUUGCGUGGAGCUGUGAUCAUCUUUACUGGCCUUCUCUCAGUAGCCUUCCUGGGGAGAAAGCUGGUACUGAACCAAUGGCUGGGCAUCCUGAUCACCAUUGUAGGGCUGGUGGUGGUUGGCCUGGCAGAUUUGCUGAGCAGUCAUGAUGAAAGUCACAAACUCAGUGAGAUCAUCACAGGUGACCUUCUCAUCAUUAUGGCCCAAGUUAUUGUGGCCAUUCAGAUGGUGUUGGAGGAGAAGUUUAUCUACAAGCACAAUGUUCACCCUCUGCAGGCUGUUGGCACUGAAGGUUUCUUUGGGUUCAUCAUACUCUCCAUCAUCCUGGUGCCCAUGUACUUCAUACCUGGGGGCAGUUUCAGCGGUAGCCCACGGCAGGUACUGGAAGAUGCUAUAGAUGCCUUCUGUCAGAUUGGCCAUCUGCCGCUUAUUGCUGUAGCCCUGCUGGGCAAUAUCAGCAGCAUUGCCUUCUUCAACUUUGCUGGUAUCAGUGUCACGAAAGAGAUCAGCGCCACCACCCGGAUGGUACUUGAUAGCCUGCGCACCAUUGUCAUCUGGGUUGUCAGCCUGGCCAUUGGCUGGGAGUCCUUUCAUGGACUGCAGAUCCUGGGUUUCCUCAUCCUUCUUGUUGGAGCUGCCCUUUAUAAUGGACUGCACCAGCCCCUCCUUGCUCUCCUGCCCUGGAGGUGGCCACCAGCAGGGGUUGCAGCGAGAGAUAUUGAUAGAGAAGGUCUCAUUGCCACAGAUGAGCUUUCCAUUAAUGGAGAUAGUUGAUGGCAGUGGAACUCUUACUUCUGCACCACAACUUUGGACCUUUUAUUGAAUGAAUUUGGCCUGUAUUGCUGGGAGAUCGGGCUAAAAACAGCCAACUGGUUUUAAGAUCUGCUUUGUAACUCUGGGGAUGCUUUGCUUAACUUUAAACAUCUGGAUGUUUCUCCAUUAUUUCAUUCUUCUGCCCUUUACUGAAGGAAGCAGAGGGAGUUUUUAUCCUUUCUUUAGCAACCACAGAGUAGAGGUCUGCUGCUGCUAAGCAGCCCUCAAGUGGUUAUGGGCUCUCUCCUGGGGUUGCUUGGAAGCCAUCUAAAGCCUUGCUCCAUCUUUCUUCAUCAGCAUUUUGGGAUGGGGACUGUGGACGUAAUUGGAAAGAUUUCCUGGAAACCUAGUUCCUAAGCUGUACCAUCUGCAUUGUGGGUGUCUGUCACUUCAUUGUUUUGCUUGUCCCCAGUAAUCCAACCUGCAUAAAGGAUACUCUCAUGCUUCUGCCAAGUAGAAUCUUGUCUACUCUAAAAAGACGAGUACAAGUGACUUAUCUUUUCCUGAAAUGCAAUUUUCAUAAUUUCUCAUUCUCACUACUUUGCAGGAUCCAAUCUGAGUUGUCACUAGAGGUUUAGUCUUCCAAACUUUCAGACUCUGGCUGGAGCCCAUUCUGAGAAUUUUCCUGAGGAUGGGUUCCAGUACAAGUCUAAAAGCUUGGAAGAUUAAACCUCUAGUCCUGGUGACCAACUCAGAUUGGAUCCUGCAACAUUAUCCUGGGAUGCAUAUAUUUGCCUCGCACUGUUUUCUCCAAAGUGGCCUUCCCCAACCUGCAUCUUUGCCUACAUUGGCCAUAUGGCAUGGAAAUGAGGGGCAACUCAACAUAUACAAGAGGGAACAGCAAACUGGGAAAGGUUUCCUUAAUCUGCCCAUAUACCUUGCCUUUUUCUUGAUCCUUUAAGCAAGAGUUGCUCUGAUGAGGUCUAAUGAAGUGCUUUCUGUUUCCUUCUUGUCAUGUGAGAAGUUUAUUGCUGACCUGGGUCAAAGCUGGCUUGCAAUAAAGCUGUUAUUUGAGUAGUAAGAUACAAGCUGCUUUAUUGAGCAGUCUCAGGUCAAGGGCAUGGGAUGCAACAGUUUAUAGUCAGUAAUUACAUUCUAGCAUUUUUUGCCCCAUGAUACACAGGAUCUGGGAUUUAGUGAAGCUGUUCAGGCUGCUAAAGAGAAUAGCUGGUCCUGGAUCAUGCAGUUAUACACAUUUUGAAAAGAGGGAGCUUACGAGUUACUUAUAUGUGGAGGGUUUUUUUGUUUUUGUUUCUGUUUUGCUAUUUAUACUGAAAAGGCCUAGAGCUUAAAGGCCAAGUGCCAAGUAUUUUUUUUCUGAAACAGGCUGGGCAGUUGGCACAGUUGAUGUACUCUUUUGAUGUCUGUUUACUUAUCUACCAUGUCUGAGCAGCAAAAAGGAAAUAGGGACUUUCAGGAAAAUAGUGACUCAUUUCUAGACUCUUGCUUUUUCCAAAGACGCUACUGCCUUCCCGUCUAAAAGAAAGCCCAUGGUAGAGCAGGCCUCCUGAUAAGCUGUGGCCUGUUGAUGGGUUUUAGGACUGCACAGAAGGUGUCUUCUUUUGAAAGACAUCCUAAGUACCUAAGAUCAAUUGUCCAGGUAUCAGCAGCCUUCUUUCCUUGAUAGCUUCCUUAAGUGCUGAGCAGAUCUUGCCCUUGUGCCCUUGGUAGCUGAUGACGCUGUUGGGUGAUACUUGGUUGGGACAUGGAAUGAAGAUAAUAGUUGGGUUUCUCCUGGUUGGGAGAUAUUAACAAGAAUACAGUUUUGUAAUCAAUAAAAUACUUUCUGAUUUGAAGUCCU